ACAAUGCUCUGCAAAACCUCACCAAACCAGUCAUGGGUCUCUCUUGCUUCUUCCCACCAUGAUAUAAAGCCAAAGCCUUUAAGCCCCCGCUUCAUUUUCUCUAGACCCAACUCAACAACCUCACUGUCAUCUCUGAAUCUACGUAGUUUUGGCGCCAAAUUUCGUGUCCCGGCGACCGCCCUCGCCGGAGACGCCCGCCGGAGAACUGCGGACAAGAAUGUGGAGAUUGGCGAGCUCUGUGAACUGGGUAAUCUGAAGGAGGCGGUGGAAAUGGUGUGCGCGGCGGAAAGCUCCGAUCUUGAUUCGGCGGCGUACUGCUCUGUUCUGGAGCUCUGCGCCGGGGCCAAGUCCUUAAAAUACGGGAGGAGGGUCCACUCGGUUCUUGUUGACCAUGGAGUCAGCGCUGAUGGAUACACGGGGGCGAAACUCGUGUACAUGUACGUGCAUUGUGGGGAUUUAAGAGAAGCGAGGCGGGUUUUCGAUGGGUUGUCGAAUGGCAAAGUGUUUGUUUGGAAUCUGAUGAUUAAUGAGUAUGCGAAGAUAGGUGAGUUCAGGGAAGGUGUGAGUUUGUUUGGGAAGAUGAUGGAGUGUGGGAUUGAGGCGAAUUCGUAUACGAUUUCGUGUGUUUUGAAGUGUUUUAAUGGUCUUGGGUGCGUUAGGGAAGGGGAUUGGGUUCAUGGGUAUGUGUGUAAGGUGAGGCUGGGGUGUGAUUGUAGUGUGGGGAAUUCUUUGAUGGCUUUUUAUUUCAAGAAUGGGAGAGUUGAGAGUGCGCGGAAGGUGUUUGAUGCAAUGCGUGAGAGGGAUGUCGUGUCCUGGAAUUCGAUGAUAAGUGCGUAUGUGUCGAACGGCGCUGCGGAGAAGGGGGUUGAGGUUUUCAAGGAGAUGUUCCGGUCUGGGGUUGAUGUGGACUUGGCUACGAUUAUCAAUGUGUUGAUGGCCUGUUCGGACUGUGGGAGGCUGGAAUUAGGUCGGGUGGUUCAUGCUUUUGCGGUGAAAGGUGGUUUCGGGAGGGAUGUUAUGUUUUGUAAUAAUGUGCUGGAUAUGUAUUCAAAGUGUGGUGAUUUGAGUGGUGCAGUUCGAGUUUUUGAGAAGAUGGGUCGAAGAAGUGUUGUGUCGUGGACUUCGAUGAUUGCAGGUUAUGUUAGAGAAGGUCUUUCGGACAAGGCAGUUGAGUUGUUUUGUGAAAUGGAAAAGAAUGGUGUUAGCCCAGAUGUUUAUACAAUCACAAGCAUACUUCGUGCAUGUGCUUGUAGUGGCUUAUUGGAAAAAGGCAAGGAUAUACACAAGUAUAUUAGAGAACACGACAUGGACUCGAGUUUGUUUGUCUGUAAUUCACUCAUGGAUAUGUAUGCAAAAUGCGGAAGCAUGGAAGACGCUGACUCAAUUUUUUCUCGUAUGCAUAGGAAGGACAUUGUGUCGUGGAAUACCAUGAUAGGAGGUUACUCCAAAAACAGUCUCCCAAAUGAAGCUCUUGAACUCUUUUCUGAGAUGCAGAGGAAAUUUAAACCUGACAGCAUGACAAUUUCUAGUGUCCUUCCGGCUUGUGCAAGCUUAGCAGCUCUAGACAGAGGGCAAGAGAUCCAUGGUUAUUUACUGAGAAAUGGAUACUUUUUAGAUCAAUAUGUUGCCAACGCACUUGUUGACAUGUAUGUCAAGUGCGGGGUACUAGUUCUUGCUCGGAUAAUCUUUGAUAUGAUUCCAGUGAAGGAUUUGAUCUCUUGGACUGUGAUAAUUGCUGGUUACGGGAUGCAUGGAUUUGGAAAGGAAGCUAUUGCUGCUUUCAAUGAGAUGAGAAAGGCUGGUAUUGAACCAGACAGCAUUUCCUUCAUCUCUAUACUUUAUGCUUGCAGUCAUUCUGGAUUAGUUCAAGAAGGAUGGAAAUUCUUUGAUAUAAUGAGAAACGAUUACAAAAUCGAGCCCAUGUUGGAGCAUUAUGCUUGUAUGGUAGAUCUUCUUGCUCGUACUGGGAAUCUGGCCAAGGCAUAUAAGUUUAUAAACAUGAUGCCAAUAAAGCCAGAUGCCACAAUCUGGGGUUCCUUGCUCUGUGGGUGUAGGAUUCACCAUGAUGUGAAACUAGCGGAGAAAGUGGCAGAGCAUGUCUUUGAACUAGAGCCAGAAAACACUGGUUAUUAUAUACUACUAGCAAAUAUUUAUGCAGAGGCAGAACAGUGGGAAGAAGUCAAGAAGCUGAGGGAGAGGAUUGGUCGACGAGGCUUGAAAAAGAAUCCUGGCUGUAGUUGGAUAGAGAUCAAGGGAAAAGUUAAUGUCUUUGUUGCAGGAGGCACUUCACACCCAGAUGCCAUGAAGAUAGAGUCCCUGGUGAAGAAGUUUAGAUUGAGGAUGAGGGAAGAUGGCUACAAUCCUAAAAUGCAGUACGCUUUGAUCAAUGCAGAUAAGUUGGAGAAAGAAGUGGCUCUGUGUGGGCAUAGUGAGAAGUUAGCCAUAGCAUUCGGAAUACUGAACUUGUCACCGGGAAAAACUAUACGUGUAACAAAGAAUCUACGAGUCUGUGGUGACUGCCAUGAGAUGGCCAAGUUCAUAUCCAAGACAUCUAGGAGGGAAAUAGUUUUGAGAGAUUCUAAUCGCUUUCAUCAUAUGAAGGAUGGAAAUUGUUCUUGUAGGGGCUUCUGGUAAAGUGAAGUUGCAUCUUUCACAUUUCAGGACUCAUUGACUCGUCGACCCAAUUCAUAUUCAAACACUACACCGUUCAAGAGAUUGUCUCGACCAACAACAAUUAGGAAGAACUCUAAAGAGGCAUGUGUAUUGCGCCAAUUGGGGAACAUGCUUGUUUGGUUAUCCCCAGCAGUGAAUCGAACAGAUAAGCUGUGAUGAGUAACAACGGGUUAAGUGAGAAUGGAUCCAUCAGUUUGUCCAGGUUCUGCUGUUCCUGAAGAUUCCACCUUUGUUGGUUUUCUGGUCUGAAGACGCCUCAUAUUUCGUUGCUGAUAAUAGUGUUGCAGGAUUUCUGUGCUGCAAGUUUGCAACUACCGUGAGAAUUUAUCAUGUAAAUUUACAGAUAAAACAAGCAUAACUAUACCAUCUUUUGAAUGACAUUCUCGAGAUUUUUUAGGCAACGUUGGGGGAGUACACGACUAUGGAAGCCAGCGAGUCUUAUCACACACACACUAGCUCCUGCAACUCCUGCAAGCUAGAGAGGCACACCCAUGCAAGACUCAUGCUGACACUUAUGCAAGCUAGAGAGGCACGCUCAUGCAAGCUAGCGAGGUAGCCAUGCUCACGCUCGUGCAAGCCAGCGAGAAUAAACACAGAAA